AUGCGGCUUCUAUGUCAUAAUACCAAUAAGUAUAGUGAUGCUAUGGAGAGUCUAUUGGACAAGGGAGCUAUGGAGAGUGGGGAUGGGAUUGCCAGGGAAAGUAGUCCAUUUAUUAACAGUGCAGAGAUGGACAGAGGAAACAUGUAUGAAGGAAAGAAUAUGGCUCUCUUUGAGGAAGAAAUGGAUAGUAAUCCCAUGGUGUCAUCUCUUCUUAAUAAACUAGCAAACUACACUAAUCUGACUCAAGGUGUGGUGGAACAUGAAGCAGAUGAAGACAGCAAGCGAAAGGAAGUCAAGGUUCCACGUAUGGGCACUUUUAUUGGUGUGUACCUGCCCUGCUUGCAAAACAUCUUGGGAGUCAUCCUUUUCCUACGUUUAACGUGGAUUGUGGGAACAGCUGGAGUUCUCGAGUCUUUCAUCAUCGUGUUCAUGUGUUGUGCUUGUACUAUGCUAACUGCCAUUUCAAUGAGUGCAAUAGCAACAAAUGGUGUAGUUCCAGCUGGAGGCUCUUACUACAUGAUUUCAAGAUCUUUAGGGCCAGAGUUUGGUGGAGCAGUGGGACUUUGUUUCUACUUGGGUACCACCUUUGCAGGAGCAAUGUACAUUCUUGGUACCAUUGAAAUUUUAUUGACCUACAUUUCUCCAAGCGCUGCUAUAUUUAAAGCAGAAGAGGUUGGCGAAGAACCAGAGGCUAUGCUGAACAACAUGAGAGUUUAUGGAACAUGUAUUAUCAUUCUGAUGGCCAUAGUAGUUUUUGUGGGAGUAAAGUAUGUCAACAAACUUGCACUGGUCUUCCUUGCCUGUGUGAUUCUUUCCAUCAUUGCCAUAUAUGCUGGAGUUAUUAAGACUGCUUUUGACCCACCUGACUUUCCUAUCUGUCUCCUUGGAAACCGUACAUUGUCAAAACGCAGCUUUGAUGUCUGUGCCAAAUUUACUGAAAGCAAUAAUGAAACAAAGACUACAACCUUGUGGCGCCUAUUCUGUGAUAGUUCUUUGCUUAAUGCUACAUGUGAUGACUACUUUAGUCUCAAUAAUGUAACAGAAAUUCAAGGAAUUCCAGGAAUAAUGAGUGGAGUUCUAACUGAUAAUCUGUGGAGUACCUAUUCAGAAAAAGGAUCAAUAGUUGAGAAAAAAGGUCAGCCAUCAGUUGCUGGAUCAGAAGAGACAAAAAUGGGUGGACUCCCUUAUGUUUUUACAGACAUCAUGACCUACUUCACAAUGCUUGUAGGGAUUUAUUUCCCAUCUGUGACAGGUAUUAUGGCAGGUUCAAACAGAUCUGGAGAUCUUAAGGAUGCUCAGAAAUCUAUUCCUACUGGAACAAUUUUGGCUAUUUCAACUACAUCUUUUAUUUAUCUCUCCUGUAUAGUUUUGUUUGGUGCCUGUAUAGAAGGUGUGAUAUUAAGAGAUAAGUAA